UUUCUUUUCCUCGACAGGAAAUAAAAGCUCUUUGAUCUGCGGUCUGAGCCCGACAUUGGUGCACGAUGAAAACGACAUCCAUCAUUCUGUGCCUUUUAUGCAUCACCCUUUUCCACGCCACAGAUGCAUGGAGUCGUCGGCGGCGUCGUCGAUCUGACCCACCUCCACCACCUCCUCCACCUCCAAAUACGGCUCCCAGAUUUUACAACUGCCCGCAGUCCCUCCCUGUCCAGUAUACUACUACCCCCACUGCGGUAGUCACGUGGGUUGAACCAACAUGCACAGACACAGAAUCGUCAUGUACAGUAAGCCGAAGUGGUCCUCCAUCUGGGUCUUCUUUCGGCGAAGGGACACACAGCAUCGCAUACACCGCCACUGACACUAGUGGAUCGUCUACAUCUUGUACCGUUUCCUUUACUGUCAAUGUGAUCCGCUGCAGUAGUCCUAGUUCUCCUCAACACUGUCCAACUCUGUAG